UGACUAUACAAUUCGCACUCACUACAGGUCCCGAUUUGCCAGGGGCGCGCAUACAAUCUAACUCAUUCGGCUGUGGAGAUUCAAGCCCGGCGCGAGAACGUCCGCUGCUCCUCUAUCUAACAACGCAUGGAAACGGCGAUACCCAUCUUCCCGCCCCCAGGCACAGGCCGUUGCGCCGUUUCGCGACCUUGGACUCGACUCAGGUAUUUUACCCACCCUUCGCAACCCCCACCGACCAAUCAUGCGCUUCAAUCUGUCUCUUUUGGUCGCCCUCGUCGUCGCUACCAUCGCCAGCGCCGCCCCCAGCCCGGCGUUCACCUGCAAAUGCCAGAUGAUCGGUGGAGAGCUGAUCUGCACUGGGAAUGGUUGUGAUUCGACUUCGUCGUAAAGGUCCACUAUCCACGACGAGCUGCGUUAUCAGGAUCGUCAUGCAUAGAUAGAUCAUAGUUGCUUGCUUGCAAUGAAGAAUGUCUC